AUGGCUCAUAUGCAUCCGCAAAGCAUGGAAAUGCCCGAUAUGUCCAAUGCCAUAAUGGCUCAGGAUGAGAUGGGAAGACCAUUUAUCAUCGUCAGGGACCAAGGUAACAAAGAAAGACAGCACGGACAGGAAGCGAAAAAAUCGCACAUUUUGGCCGCUAGAUCUGUAGCGUCAAUCAUUAAAACAUCCCUAGGUCCACGAGGUCUCGACAAGAUCCUGAUCUCGCCCGAUGGAGAAAUCACGAUCACCAACGAUGGUGCUACAAUUCUGUCUCAAAUGGAAUUGGACAACGAAAUUGCCAAGCUUUUGGUGCAGCUCUCAAAAUCCCAGGACGAGGAAAUCGGUGACGGUACCACCGGUGUAGUGGUGCUGGCAAGCGCCUUGCUCGACCAGGCCCUGGAACUAAUCGAGAAGGGCAUUCACCCAAUCAAAAUCGCUAAUGGCUUCGACGAAGCCGCUAGAGUGGCUGUAGCUCAUCUAGAGUCCCAGGCCGACGACAUCGCCGACGACCAAACCUCGUUCCGUGACUAUCUUUUCAAAGCUGCCAAAACAUCUCUUGGCUCCAAAAUUGUCUCCAAAGACCACGACAGAUUUGCACAAAUGGCCGUUGACGCCGUCACCAGUGUAAUGGAUCUAGAUCGGAAAGACGUCGACUUUGACCUCAUUAAGCUAGAAGGUCGUGUUGGCGGCUCUCUCCAGGACUCCAAGCUGAUCAAAGGUGUUGUCCUCGAUAAGGACUUCUCUCAUCCUCAGAUGCCCAAGCUCGUUCAACCUAAGGAAGGUCACGAAGGCGUUAAGCUUGCCAUUUUGACAUGUCCAUUCGAGCCCCCCAAGCCAAAGACCAAACACAAAUUGGAUAUAUCAACCGUCGAAGAAUAUCAAAAGCUUCAGUCAUACGAACAAGAGAAAUUCACAGAAAUGAUCGACUGCGUCAAAAACGCAGGUGCAGACGUGGCCAUUUGUCAGUGGGGCUUUGACGACGAGGCAAACCAUUUGCUACUGCAAAAUAAUCUGCCUGCUGUAAGAUGGGUAGGAGGACAAGAGCUAGAGCAGAUCGCGAUUGCCACCAAGGGACGUAUAGUGCCACGUUUCCAAGAUCUAUCGCCUGAAAAGUUGGGAACAUGCGGUAAGAUUCGCGAAAUUGAGUUCGGAACCACAAAAGACCGCAUGUUGAUAAUCGAAGAAUGUUCAAACUCGAAAACUGUCACUUGUUUCAUUAGAGGCUCCAAUAAAAUGAUCGUGGACGAAGCUAAAAGAGCUCUACACGACUCUUUGUGUGUCGUAAGAAACUUGGUGAGAGACUCCAGAGUUGUUUACGGUGGUGGAGCUGCGGAAGUGACCAUGUCGGUAGCGGUUUCUGAGGAAGCGGAUAAACAACAAGGUAUUGACCAGUAUGCAUUCCGCGCCUUUUCCCAGGCGCUUGAUACCAUUCCCAUGCUUUUAGCUGAAAAUUCAGGUCUAGAUCCAAUUGAAACACUGUCACUGCUGAAAAGUAAGCAAAUCAAAGAAAAUGUCUCUACCACAGGCGUCGAUUGUCUGUCCAACGAUUCUAAUAACAUGAAGGAGCUCUUUGUUGUUGAUCCAUUGAUUGGUAAAAAACAGCAAAUUCAACUGGCUACUCAGCUUUGCAGGAUGAUUCUCAAAAUUGAUAACGUCAUUAUAAGUGGAAAAGACGAGUACUAA